UACAAUUUUCGCGUCGUUUGGUAAUAAUCGUUUCAUGUGCACUGAAAUUUCCGCGUUUCAUCGAGCAAGAUGUACACCAUAGGUUGCAGGAUGUUUCUUUUCAUACUCUGGAUGAAUUUUGUAAAAGCGUCUAUAGUGAAUACGCCAAGUCUGCAGGAAAGUUUCAAGCAGUGUCUCGUUUCCCAACCGCAGAGUACGAUCGGAUAUUGUUUCGGUAUGGGAGCCAUUAACAGGUUGCAAACUUGGGACUCCAAUCCAGAAUUCGACGUCAUCGACGGAGUUACUUUGACGAAGGACUUGACCCAAGAAUUUCGCGAUGUUUACAACUACGCUGACCAGGAUCCUAGUAAUUUCAGGAGCAUAAUGGACACCAUUGAUCACGUAUUUUCAAGACGUUCAAUGCGGUGGGAUAUGAGUUUUAUAUAUCCCGGCCUUAUGAUGCAGGUGGCGCCAUCUCUUAGCCCUACCGGAGUGAUUGAAUUUGUGCUCGACCCGAACAGCGAAGCACUGAACAGACACAGAGUUAAAGAAUUUGGAACCGGAACCAUUUUGGCGAGACAAUUCCUCGUUCCUCUAAUGCUCGGCACGAAAUUUAGUAUGGCGUCGAUUCUACCUAUAAUAUUCGGAAUUUUGAUUCUCCUCGCCAAAAAGGCACUUGUUGUCAGCAAACUGGCGCUGAUUGCUAGCAGCGCUUUUGGAUUGGGAUCGAUGCUUUUUAAUUAUGGGGGCUGCAACAAUAACCACCCUACCUUUUCGGAAAAUUAUUAUCACGGCGGACAAUAUCAUCCCUCAAACUAUGGCGGGCAUUAUGACAACAGGUUCAAAGAAUACAACGAUGUUGUUUACCGUGGAAUGACUAAUCUACAAGAGGAACCAGCACUUCACUUUGAUGAUAACCACGAUGCAUACGAUCGAGAUCAAGCUGAAAAAAGGAACGGGAGAAAUUUCGCGUGGAACGAAGAUGAAAAAAUUAAAAAAGCCAGUUGAUAUCUACUAUAAAUGACGUCACGAUAUAAGGAC